GGGCCUCGGGUGACGGGGCCGGAAAUGUCGCGCUCGGCCUUUCCCGUUCCCUCGCGGCGGGCGUCAGUUUGAGCGGUACCGUCCGCUCUGAGGGUUCGUGGUAAGCGGCCUGAGCCCCAGACCCCCCGGCCGCCUCCCCUCUCCGCCAUCGACUGAAGAUGGUGGGCCGGAACAGCGCCAUCGCCGCCGGCGUGUGCGGGGCCCUCUUCAUCGGGUACUGCAUUUACUUCGACCGCAAGAGACGGAGUGACCCCAACUUCAAGAACAGGCUGCGAGAACGAAGAAAGAAACAAAAGCUUGCCAAGGAGAGAGCUGGACUUUCCAAGUUACCUGACCUUAAGGAUGCUGAGGCUGUUCAGAAAUUCUUCCUCGAAGAAAUACAGCUGGGUGAAGAGUUACUAGCCCAAGGUGAAUAUGAGAAGGGUGUAGAUCAUCUGACCAAUGCAAUUGCGGUAUGUGGACAGCCACAGCAAUUACUGCAAGUAUUACAGCAAACUCUUCCACCACCAGUGUUCCAGAUGCUUCUGACUAAGCUUCCAACAAUUAGUCAGAGAAUCGUAAUUGCCGAACCCCUGGAACCAGACAGUCAUGUUGGUGCUGGCCAAACAGUGCUCAGCCGAAGAUUAGGGUAGUGAUAACUGCUUGAGUGUUCCCAUGUGCUCAUGUUGCACACUUGUGUAAAAACUUUGGAAAUAGAAAUAAAGUGCACAUUGGCAUGCUACUUUGGGCAGAGAUCUGUUUGGUUUCAUGAUUUGUACUUCGAGUGAAAGCAUAUAAAACAGGCUUACCUGGUGGUAGCAGUGCUAUUCUAUUAACAGGUUGCCAGGACUUCCGUUCACACCAUUCACACAUACGUAAAGCCUGGUACAGUGUGCAUAGCAGGCAGGUUUGCAGUUGGCCUGCCUGUCCGGCCCUAUUGAAGCAGCCUGUGGACCGACCAGAGUAUGCUAAUGAAAUGUUAUCACAGAAGAGAUUUUGAGGUAAUUGGUAUAUCGUGCAGAUAUACAAAAUUUUCUUUCUUGUAAUAUAAAUGUAGUUUUAUGAUUGCUUGUGGCUCAACUGUUUAAGCAAAUAUUAAAGGGCUUGGAGAAAAUUUUGGCUUGGUGUUUAUUUGUAGAAAUGAAUUCUGCUGAAUUUGGUGACUAAAAGUCUUGGUACCCAAGUGUGUGUAGGUUACAGCAUCUCUUUGAUGGUAUUGACCACUGUGCAGCUUCUCCCCAGGAAUAUGCACAUUUGCCUUGGACUUCAGAGAGUUAACAGAUUCAGGUUAAGACCCCUGCUUGAAUGUUGGUAGGUGAGGAUUCUGUGUAAUAGUGGCUUUCCAACUCAGCGAGUGUCAGAAUCACCUGGAAGGCUUGUUAAACAGAUUGCUGGGCUCCAGGCGUGGCCCAGGAGCAGGCUCAUUUAGCUCUUCUAACAAGUUUCCAGGUUUUGAUGAUGCCUCUGGUUUGGGUCAUGCUUAUGAACGCAACGCAGAGCUGCUUAACGGUGACGUGGAAAACAUGAUAGAUAAUUCUUAUUAGAGAAUACCAGCUACGUUAAGGUCAUAGAUGGUGUACUUCAGCUUUCAGUAAAAAUGAGAUUAAAUGUGAUUACAAAGUCUGCUAACAGGAGCAGCCAGCACUUGACUGCCUGUGUUCUGAAGCAGACUCAUCAUCAGACUAUGUUCAAGAUG